CAUCCACAAAACUUACAGAAUGAUGGACAUACAGACAGACAGACAGGCACGUGCGAUGUGAGAACACAAUCUGCAAAAGUCAAAACUCAAAACAGGUGUUGAUGAUUCCAUCUCAUUUACUGCUUCUUCACUUGCUUCUCUCUGCCUCUUUAGCUUCUUCAAUGGCAACCCAAACCUCAAAGAACCCAGAAUCAGUCUAUGACUUCACUAUCAAGGAUGCUAAGGAAAAUGAUGUGGAUCUUAGCAUUUUCAAGGGAAAAGUGUUGCUGAUUGUUAAUGUUGCUUCAAAAUGUGGGAUGACCAACUCAAAUUACGCUGAAUUGAAUCAAUUAUAUGAGAAGUACAAAGAUCAAGGACUAGAGAUACUGGCAUUUCCAUGCAAUCAGUUUGGUGAGGAGGAACCAGGAACUAAUGAUCAAAUCACAGACUUUGUCUGCACUCGCUUCAAAUCAGAAUUUCCCAUCUUUGACAAGAUUGAUGUAAAUGGUGAGAAUGCUUCUCCACUGUACAAGUUCUUGAAGUUGGGGAAAUGGGGAAUUUUUGGUGAUGAUAUUCAGUGGAACUUCGCUAAGUUCCUUGUCAACAAGGAUGGCCAAGUUGUUGAUCGUUACUACCCCACAACUUCACCUCUUAGUCUUGAGCGUGACAUAAAGCAACUGCUGGAGAUCUCAUGAUUUGUUGGUAUAAAGGACUCAAGAUCAUAGAAGAAUGGAAGCACAAGGAUUCUGGUUGCCCUGCGCAAUUUUUAUUAAGACUUGUUAAAUAUGUCUUGCAGAAUAAGACAAGUAUGAGACAUAGGUGUUGCAAGAUCAAGCAUUAUACUUUGUUUCUUGGCUUGUUCAAAUCUUUCAUUCCCCAGAUUUUGGAUAUUGUAAGUUGGUUUGGAUUUGGUUACUUCUGACAUAACAAGAUAAUGUUAAUAUUUUUAUGUUAUGAGCAUUGAUGCUGAAUUUUUCGUUGUGUUCA